UCUGAUUCGACCUCGUGCCUAUGCCCUCCACCGACGCCUACCUUCCCCAUCAACCUCCGACCUCAACGUUAUUGCAGUCUCCUCUCUCUCUCUCUCUCUCUCGCAGCCCUCUUUCUCUCUAUCACAAACCUCCUUCUCUGGCUUAUUGUUUCUUUCUGACAGCGACGAGGCUAAAAGUUUGCUUUUUCGAGGUCAGAUUUGAGGCCACUGCCCGCAGAUUCAUCGGGAAGCAGAAGAACGAAGGUCGUCGGAGAAAAGAUACAUCGGUGGAGGCGACGGCGGCGCUGCUGUCGCUCUUGAUGAACGAAAAGGGGAAAGGGCUGGUGGCAAUAAAGUGAAAAUUUGAUAUGCAAGAAGGGGAAACCGAAUUCCAUCCGUAAUUGAUCAGGAAUCGGAGUUCGGAUUCCCUGCUACCAAACAUGACAUAAUAUGAUAUGAUCCGGCGUGAGAGAUGAACGAACCAAUCGAAAAGCCUUUUCCAUAGUGCUGGGCUUUGGGAUUGGAUGGGGCCUCCAGUUAAAUUAUAAUAUAAUAUAAUAAUUAUGGAAUGGAUUGGACGGACGGACGGACGGAUGGAUGGAUGGAUGGAUGGGCCUGCUCACUUCUUCUUCUUCCUGCUGCCCCAUCCACGCUAGGCCCCCGCCGGCGGAUUAAGAAGGUGGGCUCCUCCCUCCCUCCACUGCGGGACUAGGCCAGUACGACGGCUACGACUUUAUCUUCUUCCUCUUUCUCCUCCUCCUUCGUCUUCUUCUGAGAGCGGAAAGAUCUUCCGGUCUCCAUUCAAUCCCAACUCUGCUCCCUCCCUACAAUAUAUUACAAAGUAAAAACCGAAACAGGGAGGAAUGACAGCGGCCCCAAUCUUAUCCGCUGCCGGUGGAAUUUACGCCGGAGCUCAGUCUUCCGGCGGCUUCUGCCCCUCCUCCUGUUGUUUCCAGUCUGCGUCGCCUGCACGGGGAAAGUACUUGAUGCGAAUGCGGAGCCGCUUUGAUGGGCCUCAACGGACAUUCCCGACCUCUUCUUGGAGGAAGUCCACCCUCGGUAUCUUCAGCCUCAACCUCCGGCACCGGAAGCAACACGCUCCUCGCGCUUCAGCUUCAGGCAGGGGAGCCGAAGACAGCUUCUUCUCUAAUCUGAACGAAGAAGACGAUACAGACCAGAUGUACGAUAAGCUGUUUGACAAGUACGGAAAAGUGGUCUUUAGUAGAAGUGACAAAAAGUCUCCAAGUGCUGAAGUUGAUGAUGAUGCCGAAAGCUUAUCUUUUGCUGUUGCCAUGGCGAAGGUCGCCAGUGAGGUAAAGGCUGCAGAUAUUAGAGUACUCUUCGUGAAGCCAUUGGUAUAUUGGACUCGCUUCUUCAUCAUUGCAACUGCAUUUUCUCGGCCGCAGAUAGAUGCCAUUGGGUCAAGAAUCAGAGAUUUAGCAGAGAACCAGUAUGGGAAAGUUCCAUCUGGGGACACGAAGCCCAACUCAUGGACUUUAUUAGACUUUGGUGACGUAGUUAUCCACAUAUUUCUUCCUCAACAGAGAGCUUUCUACAACUUGGAAGAAUUCUAUGGGUGGUGUCUACCGAACCUAGUGUUUCAAGAGCAGCAGCAUUGCAUCUUAAAGGUACCCCCAGCACGCUUUGGGUUGACUGCAAGAUUUUAUUCGCAGAGCUCUGUCGCCUGGAUGUGUGGCAUGGCAUGGAUGGAACAAGCAGGAGUGCUGCAGUUUCGAAAGGUUCAUAAGUAUUGUAAACUAAUCGUUGCAGACACUUCGAAAGGCUGCAGUUCUUAAUUAACAUUGAAGGAGUCUUUCUCAGUAGCCUGGAGACAUUCGACUUGUAUGUGGUUGGUGACUAUGAUAUAUAUAUAUAUAUAUAAUUAAGGCCAUCAACUGUA